AGAAGCUCUCUGCUCAUACCAAGAAAAAGGCAAAUAAAAAAAAGAAAUGAAGAAAGUGAAGGAGUGAAAGAGAGAGAGAGAACGACUCCUGUACUAAUACUCUGUCUCUCCCAGUGUGGACUGAUGGACCAGAUCCCUGCUAAACAUUUUGUUUGGAGUGGAGCCCAGUCCUGCACACUGCUUUCAAUUAUCUCUCUACCUCCCUCUCUCCCGCUCUGUCUCACUUUCUGCUCAGACACACUGUUGCUCACUCGCUCACACACACUCAGGAGUGUUUGGGAAAAAAACAAGAGUGCGGAGCAAGAGGGGGAAGCGUCUGGUCGUUUUCUUCUUCCUUCCUUCCCUCCUUUCUUUCCUGCGACGCUCGUUUUCACUCCGCCACAGAGAGAGGGAGGCGGGUGAGGGAGAGUUAGAGAGGUUUGGGGAGUUCGGACGAUGCAACACGCUCAGAAACUCUGACUGCAACGCUCAACAUGCUGCAGCCUCGGCUCUCCUUUUUUCUGUCCUCUGUCCUCAUCGUCUUCGUCUCUUCUCUGCCAGCUGAUGGACAGACAGUCUCAGGAGGAGCAGGAGGAGCAGGGGGAGGGGUGGAGAGGAUCCAGGUGAUGUUCACGCCCACCAUCUGCAAGGUGCGCUGCAGCCAGGACAGAUGUGUCAACUACUGCGAGCGAGGCAACGUGACCACGCUGUACAGCAGCAGUGAGGGUGGAGGAGGAGGUGUAGGAGGAGGAGGAAGGAGAGACAGCUCCCAUGGACCGGGCUUCAGAGUCUUCCUCUGUCCUCUGCUCUGUAAGAACGGAGGCAUCUGCCUGCAGAAGGACCGCUGUCUCUGCCCGCCAAACUUCACUGGGAAGUUUUGCCAGAUCCCUGUUGCCCCCACAGCCGUCGAUGCAGCUGCAUCUGCAUCUGCAUCUGCAUCCGCCUCCUCCACCUCCACCAAUGAGAUUGUCAAACCUGCGCUGCUCUCUGCCAUGGCAGCCAAUCAGGAGCUGACCCAGUCUGAGUUCCUGCUGCCGCUGGGACAACACCAGGAGACGGGAAGGGCUGGUGCUCCCGGCCCAUCCAUGGUGAAGGUCAGAGUGCAGCACCCCCCUGAGGCCAGUGUGAAGAUCCACCAAGUGCGGAAGGUGUCUGGAUUCAGCCCCACACUGCGGACUCUCUCCUCCUUGUCCUCGGGGUCAGCGGGGGCUCCGGCUCCAGCAGGUGGGGGGGUCCAGGCCCAAACAGCGAGAGGGGACGGCGCCUUCACCCAGCACUCUGGGUUCAAGUACUGCUUCAGAGAUGUUAAAGACGGACAGUGCAGCUCUCCUCUACCUGGUCUGAGGAGCAAGGAAAUGUGCUGCAGAGGGAUUGGGAAGGCCUGGGGCAUCUCUGAUUGUGUCCUCUGUCCUGAGAAUACAGCUCAAGGCAACAACAGCUGUCCCGCUGGUUUUGAACGAGCCAACGGAACGCAUGGAACACACUGUGUCGAUGUGAAUGAGUGCCUCCAUCCGGGGCUGUGUGAGAACGGGCUCUGUGUGAACACCAGGGGGAGCUAUAGCUGUGUGUGUAGGGUGGGGUUCAUCCUCGACGCCACACAUGGAAUCUGCAUCUCCCAGAGUGUGAUAUCAGAGGAGAAAGGUCAGUGUCACCGGGUCCUGGGUUCCGGCCAGGGUCCAUCCUCCUGCUCCCUGCCCAUCCUCAGGAACAUCACCAAGCAGAUCUGCUGCUGCAGCCGAGUUGGCAAAGCCUGGGGACCCAACUGCCAGAGGUGUCCUUACUUUGGUUCAGUGGCUUUUAAGGAGAUCUGUCCGGCUGGUCCUGGUUACCAUUACUCAGCUUCGGCCCUGCAGUUCAACCAGAGAGUCAACGAGCACCUGGGGAGCCGAGGAGUUCAGCUGGUCACCGACAGCAACCAGGAUAACCAGGGUCCUGGUUCUGGGACCAGUAGCAGCGGAGCCUCCAGGUCUCAGCAGAUACCCUCUUCUUCUGGAGCAAGUACUUCGCUGAGUUCUUCUUCAGGUGUCGGGUCCAGUACUGGAUCAGCUGGUACCAGCAUAACCCACAUCAGACCCAGUCUACCCCUGCCUCAACCCAGACCCCAGCCCCACCCUCUACCUCAGCCUCGACCUCAGCCUCGGCCCCAGCCUCCAUCUCAGCCUCGACCUCAGCCCCAGCCCCAACCUCCAUCUCAGCCUCGACCUCAGCCCCAACCUCCAUCUCAGCCUCGACCUCAGCCCCAACCUCCAUCUCAGCCUCGACCUCAGCCUCAGCCCCAGCCUCCAUCUCAGCCUCGACCUCAGCCGCGGCCAGCUGACACUCCCCCCUCCAGGCCGGUGCAGCCUGGCAGCACUGGCACCACGGCCUCCCAGGACAAACCCCAGACUCCCAGCAGACCUGGGACCCAACAGAACCAGCCCGACCCUGCCCUGUCAUUCACAACACAACAAAGAACCCAGCCUCCACCCACCAGGACUCAAGCAGGUGGUCAGUCCUCCUCAGUAUCCCGGCCAGAUCAGCCAGCAGCCAGAGGGGACUCUCUCCCCGCUCCUGCCCAGCCACAGAGCCCUGAGCGUGGGUCAAGUUCCAGCAGAGACCUCCCUCUGCAGAGCAGACCAGCUGUCAGCCCAACAACCCGACCAGCCCGAGUCCAGCCAGUGCGAGGUGUGUGUGAGAGCAAACCAGGUGUGUGUGGGCGGGGACGCUGUGUUGACCAGCCAGGUGGAAAACACAUGUGUGUGUGUGAUCAGGGAUACCAGCCCAACUCUCAGCGCACAUACUGCCAAGAUGUGAAUGAGUGUAUCCAGUCUCCAGCUGUGUGUUCAGUGGGAGAGUGUAUGAACACCAUGGGAAGCUACAGGUGUGUGUGUCCUCCUGGAUACAGGAGCAGCAGCCAGCAGACUAGCUGUCAAGACAUCGAUGAGUGUCUGCAGAAUCCCUGCACCAACGGUCGCUGUGACAACACGCCGGGCAGCUACAAGUGUGUCUGUCGCCUUGGCUACAGGCUCAUCGGCAACAUCUGCACAGAUAUGGACGAGUGUGAGGAUGCUCUGCAGUGUCCAGGUCAGGAGUGCAUCAACAGCCAGGGCUCGUACCGCUGCGUGUCCUGUCAGCCCGGAUACAGGCUGGUCAACAGGCUCUGCACAGACAUCGACGAAUGUCGCCAGGCUCCCUGCUCCAAUGGUCGCUGUGAAAACACACCAGGAAGCUACCGCUGUGUCUGUCGUCAUGGUUACAAGCUCCAGAACAACACCUGCACAGAUAUAGAUGAGUGUGCAGAGCCGUCUCAGUGUCCUGGUCAGAUGUGUGUGAACACUGUGGGAUCGUACCGCUGUGUGUCCUGUCGACCAGGAUACACACUCACCAACAGACGGUGUACAGAUGUAAAUGAGUGUGAGAACAGCGAGUCUUGUCCUGGUCAGCGGUGUGUGAACACUGAAGGGUCUUACAGCUGUGUGGACUGUCAGCAGGGAUACCACAGCGUCAACGGAGUGUGUGUAGAUGAGGACGAGUGUGUGCAGGCCUCUCAGUGUCCCGGUCAGCAGUGUGUGAACACUGUGGGAUCGUACCGCUGUGUGUCCUGUCAGCCUGGAUACAGCAGCAAGGACGGCUCCUGCCAAGAUGUAGAUGAGUGUGCCAGCGCCGGGGCGUGCGAGGCAGAGCGGGUGUGCGUGAACACCAUUGGCUCGUUCAGGUGUGACUGUCAGCCUGGGUACCGAACCUCCGGCCUGGGAAGACAGUGCAGAGACAUUAACGAGUGUUUGGAGGGAGAUUUCUGUUUCCCCAGAGGAGAGUGUGAAAACUCACUGGGGUCCUACACAUGUGUGUGCUCUCAGGGAUUCACACUGAGUGACAACAGGACCGCCUGCAUCGACGUGGACGAGUGUACGAAGUCUGGUGUGUGUUUGGACGGUCGCUGUGUGAACACUGAAGGCUCCUUCCACUGCCAGUGUCAAACUGGCUUCACCACCAAUCCAGAGAGAACUGCCUGCCUCGACGUUGAUGAGUGUGUCUCGUCCGGCGGCUCAGUGUGUGCAUCACAGCGCUGUGAGAACACGAUUGGCUCGUACCACUGCCUCACUUCCUGUGAGCCGGGCUACCAGGUCACACAGACAGGCAACUGCGUAGACAUUAAUGAAUGUGCCAAUAAGACAGUGUGUGGACGUCACGCCUACUGUCAGAACCUAAUGGGAACCUAUCUGUGUGUGUGUGACCAGGGCUUCACCUCCACCCGCGACGGGAAGGUUUGUGUGGAUGAGGACGAGUGUGUGUCUAUGCCCGGUGUGUGUGGUUCUGCUCGCUGUGAGAAUGUGGAGGGAUCCUUCAUGUGUGAAUGUGACAGACGGGGAGAAGAGUUUGACCACACCACAAGGCAGUGCGUCAACACGGCACAAGGCGCAGGGAUGCUCCCAAGCUCCACCUCCAUCUCCUCCUCGUCGUCCUCCUCCUCCUCGUCCACCUCCCAUGUCAGUGUGGUGGAGUUGGCUCCAGUGCUGCCCCCACUCCCUGCAGCUCGUCCUGGCGAGCUGAGGGAGUGUUACUACAACCUGGCUGAGCGGGGAACCUGCAGCCUGCUGGCCACCAACACCAGCCAGCAGGAGUGCUGCUGCACGGUGGGGGAGGGCUGGGGGCUGGGCUGCCAGUACCACACCUGCCCCACCGCUGACACAGCCGAGUUUCUGUCUCUGUGUCCCAGUGGGAGAGGAUACGUUACUACUGGACCAGGAGCCUUCAGCUACAGAGAUGUGGACGAGUGUAAGCGUUUCCAGCCGGAGGUGUGUAAGAACGGAGUGUGCGUCAACAACAUCCCUGGAUACAACUGCUACUGCGCCAGUGGAUACGUGUACAACAGCACCCUGCUGGAGUGUGUUGAUCACGAUGAGUGUGAGGAGGAGAGUUGUAUCGGAGGACUCUGUGUGAACACAGUGGGUUCUUAUUACUGCAGCUGUCCACAUCCUCUGGUGCUCGACGACACUCAACGCAACUGUGUCAACUCCUCCCACCUCACUGUGGAUGAGAACCUGUCUGUGUGCUGGCAGCACGUCACGGCAGACCUGGUGUGUCAGAGUCCUCUGCUUGGAGCUCAGGUCACCUUCAUGGACUGCUGCUGUCUGUACGGGGAGGGCUGGGGGAUGGAGUGCGCCCUCUGCCCCUCCACUGACUCUGAGGACUACAGCACUCUGUGCAGUUCGUUUCUUCCUCCCUUUUUGCCGGAGGGUUUUCCGGACUUUGGAGCUGAAACGGGAGUGAGACCAGGAGCUGGACGAGGACGAGGAGGAGCCAGUGAGCAAUCUCCUCCAUACUUCCCUCCCUACAGUACGGACUCCUUCCCUCCGCCUGUGCUUCCUGACUAUGACGACUACUCUCCAGCAGGAGACAGCAGGUCAGGUUUCAGAGGGAGGACACCUGCCACCUUCAGCCUGCCAGACAGUGGAUAUCCCAGGUCAGAGUACAGCACUGGUUACUACUCUGAAGGAGACUUCAGCCCCCCUGAUGGCUCCCCGCCCAGGCCUCCAUCCUUACACCUCCCUGUGGACCCCAGGGCCGAGAGGGCAUUUGGGGCCCAGCCUCCUCCUCCAUCACGACCCGACGGGCCUCCUCUCAGCCUGGCCCCACUGCCUGGCGCUCCCUAUGAGGUGGAGCAAGAGGAGGAGGAGGAGGUGGCGUGGAGGCCGGGCCCGCCCUUCCCUCCGUUCACUGAGAGGGGCAGAGGAGGUGGAGGUGGAGGAGGAGGAGGGGGAGCACCGAGGAGGGUGUAUGAGAGGCGUUAUGAAUCCUACGCCGGCCUAAGCACAGCAGAGGACUGUGGGAUACUACAUGGCUGCGAGAAUGGCAGGUGUAUCCGCGUCGCCGAGGGUUACACCUGUGACUGUUACCAUGGAUACGAACUGGACAUGACCUCCAUGACAUGUAUAGAUAUAAACGAGUGUGAGGCUGGCAUCACAUUGGACUUCCCGUGUGUGAACGCUCGCUGUGUGAACACCGAAGGCUCGUUCCGCUGCGUCUGCAGGAGAGGAUACGUCAUGUCCCGCAGGCCAAACCACUGUGUGGCUGCAUAGACCAGACCAGACUGGACUGGACUGGGCUCGAUUAAACCAGUAUAAACUGGUCUAGACAAUCGAGACUGGACUGCACAACAACAGACUGGGCUAGACUAGAUUAGACUAAAGCGGCUAUGGGACCUGAUUUGACAAACUAGAUUAUACCAGGUUAGGAUGAACUGGGUUUAAAAUAGUCUAGAUUGCACUUAACUGGGAAAGGGUGGACUGGGCACCAGUUACACAAGGUCACUCUGGAUAAAAUACCAAUUUAACACCGCUUUUUAGCUACAGUUUCUCCACGUCUUUGCAAAUUUCAACUUGUUUUUUGUCUUUAUAUGUGAACACGAUAUUUCCUUGUAGAUUUUUCUCAGAUUUUUGAUGUCUAGAGAAAAAAAAUAUCUCUGGAAACAAACAAAACUAACUUUUGUUGCAACAAUCCAGGAUAAAUUAAUUGUUUAGUAAAGUGACUGUAAACAUGAUUAACUAGCUCAAACUGAAAUCUGAAUUCUCCUAAAUGUUUUAAUGUGAGGAAAUAUAAUGACGUUGCAGAAGUUUUGCAUACUUUUCUGUUAUGCAAAAGAGGAUAAAACUAUUUUUGAACAUAUUUGUGGAGACAGUGUGUAAGCUUUAAAAAUAGGCUGUAUGGACUGUCUCUUUCCAACAUUCAUCAUUGUAAGGACCCAAUAUAUUAGAUUUUAAUCUGAUUUUUCAAUAUAUAAAAUAUACACUUAAACAUCCUCAAUCUUAUUGACAGAGCAACAACACAUAUAAAUCAAACAUUCUUGACCUCAGUUUCUCUUUGUCAUCGCCCACCUGUCCAAAAAAUACAAGAAAAAGAUAAAAAAUGAACAAUGAUUUGAGUCAGGAAAUUAUUCAUACAGUCACUUUAUUACACCAUUAGUUGGUCCUAGUGUAUAGUCUGCUCUAUCACCCCAUACAUUAUCUCCUCACAUAAAGGUCUACAAAAAUGUGUCGAACAAGUUAAAAAACAAUGUUUAAACUUUGAUGAAACCCCACAGUGUCUGGUCAGUUUAAACCAGUCUAGCCCUGUUUAGCACCAGUGGUUGAAAUCAGGCUAACUCCUCAAGUAGACUCCAGGCCCGCUCUGUUUAGCCUCCGCUGUGAACCACGCUGUGCCAAAGUUCAUCUUUAUGUUCUUUAUGAUGACCAUGACUCUUUCUGAAUGUUUACUGCGUUGAAGUUAAGUCUGGUAGGUUGUUCCCAGCGGGAGAAAAAAACGUGUUUUGAGACAUGUGAAGUAGAAGAAGAAAACAGUUGUGUGUGUAUUUUUUUUGUUUGUUUUAGGAAUCCAACCAGGCUGCAGAGAAACACUGAGCUCACAUCAGUUUGAAAAACAGCAACUUUACAUUUUAACCAUAGAUGGUAAAAAAGAAGUGGACGUAGCCUCCGGGUCAAGUGAAGUCAAUGCUGACGUGCCUUACAGCUACAUUCUUUCUAAUGACCAGCAGGGGGCAACUCAACUGGUGGCAAAAACAAAUUCAGUUGUAUAGAAGUCAGUGAGAAAAUAAACCUACUUCCCACUUGAUUUAUUACCUUGACAAACCUUUUCCCAAUUAAUUUAUGGCCUCAGUCUCUAGUUUCAAGUCCUCUUCAAUACAGCAUGAUGUUCAUUAUGUGAUGGCUCCAAAAUAAAAAAACAAGAUGGCAACAAAAACAACUCAAAACACCAAACUUGAGGCUUUAAAACUAUGGAUGUAUAAAUAGAACCACAGUGUUGGAAGCAGGGCCCAGUUCAUUCCUAUGAAAGCUGCUUAGUCACGCAUGAAGCCAAAAACGUUUGAUUUCACGGGUAUAAAAUUACCUGGAUUUUCCUCAUCACGGGGCCAAUAGAGCUAUAGAGACUACUGCUGACUGAGCGGCUAACCUCUGGUUUUGUGCUCCCAAACUUAAAUGGGGAUAAAAUUAUUUAAACAUGCGGCUCUUCUAGACUUUAAAUAUGUUAUCAGACUGUAUGGAUCAAAUUCGGAUGGUGAAGCGAGUCAUUUUGUUGGGGCUAUGAUGCUAAAAAAUGUAUCCACUAAUUUACAGAGGCCCGUUUGGGGUUCAGUAGUGUCACGUGAUGGACCUGAAUGUUGUAAUGCCACCGUUUGCAUCAUAACUUGGCUACUACGAAAAUUGGCCUCAAAGCCAACGCUGUUUAUUGGGGCUUGGGCGUAGCAAUGUGUAUUCUCGACAGCUCCACCAUUUCUUCCAAAUAUGGUCAUUUCUGGCUACAGAAAACCAAGAUUGCAACGGACAAAAUGCUGAACUCUAGGCUAUAGAAUGAUGCCCACAAACCAGUGGGUGACAUCACGGUGGCUACGUUCAUUAUUUUAUACAGUCUAUGGGUUUAACUGGAUAGAAAACAUAUGGAACGACAUUAAUAAACACCAGGUUUACUGUUUACACAACCCCAAUUUGUUCAAUGAAACAAAGAUUUGAAGGGCAUCAUCUGCAGACAUAAGACAAAAUAUCAUCUAGCUUUAGAAAUAUUAAUGAAUUAAUUAUUUGAAGUAAAAAAUAAAUACAGCAAUGAUACCAAAACAAUGCAAAUCAGUCAUGUAUUAGCAUUAGCAUGGUAGCUGUCCCAUCAUAAACAACAGAUCUUUAACCAUCAAGAAGUAACUAGUGUUUUGUUGUUCCUCAUCUAGAAAACUACGGUUACCCAAGUCUCCUGAGGAAAUGUUGGCAUUGUAGGUUUUUGCAAACCACUGAGACAUUUGUACAUUAUUACGUAGCGGAUACACUAAAACUUAACCCUAUGGUUGAUGUGUGGAUUAGUUCAGGCACAAAAACCACUUGGUUGCAGUUAGAAAAAGAUCAUGCUUUGGCUUAAACUACCUGAUUUUGGGGGCAUAAUCAUGACAGGAAAAACUGCAAAAUGUCGCUAUGAAACACCCACGUUUGAUGCCUAAAAAGCCUCUGGAAACUGAGUCACAACUCACUUUGUCAUUUGUCUCAAACAGUGGUCUGCAGCUUGGCAGCCAUCUUGCCUAGCUGACUGUCCACCAUCCCCUCCACCUCCAGAUGACAAAGUCAGCUCAUAUACCACAUCACUUUUAAAACAUUGAUAGGAAACGUAGAAAUGUUACUUAUUUGUGGUUUGCAUGAAUGUGCAAUGCCAGCGUUUUCUUCUGGCAACUGGGCUGGGUAUGUUGUGAUGAAAUUAAAUUUAAACGUGCAUCAGUAACGAGCCAUCCACUAGCUAGAAGCUAAUUGCAAAGGUACCAAUUGCUGUGAGCUCAUGAGCUAACCCAGCAUAUUCGUUAGCAUAGACGUCGUUCUACUUACAAAACUCAUUUUCUCACUGGGCUGUAGCCACUGAAAUACUGACGGGAUGAGUCCAAAAACCUCCAGCUGAGUAAUUUUAAUUGCUGAAUUAUAUAUUUCAGAACAGGGCACCAUAAUAACUCAACAUUGACCACAACUUCAGAACUAAGUCUGUGCUUGGAUGUGUACUUGCUUAAGCGCACCUUGUAGCCGACUUGUCUUCUUCAGUUUUUAUGUCCAUAAACAUCUUAUAGCUUCGAUUAUUAUUAUUUUUUGUUUGUUUGUUUUAAUCGAAGAAGCAGAGGCAUCCUUUGUUCGGAUGAAUCAAGCAGGAGAAUUUCACAUUGAUUCAAAGAUGUGAAAGUUGUGCAUUCGUGGGAAAAAUAUAUGAGACUUUUACUCCUGGAACCAGUGGUGCCUGAAUUAAAUACUCCUACUUUUCAUCUACAUUUUCUGGGUGUAAAUACAAAAUUUAAAAUCCUGCUUAUGCCGUUAAAAUCCUUCAAAUAAGGAUUAUUAAUUAGGAUUUUCUGUGACUGAGAUAUUUUGACCCAUUACAGAUGUGAUUUAUAAAUUACUUCGACCAGUUAUUCAAAACGUCUUUUUCUCAGUAUGCAGUAUGUACAUUUAUAUACCCUGACAGAGUUUUAUAAUCAAGACUGUCUCUGUGAUAAACUAAUUAAUCAGCAACGCCAUGAUUUAUCUUCACUAAACCAAAUUCAGCGAACUAUGAAUGUUUAUAUUCUAUAAUUUUCUUAUUGUCAGCAAAUUUCAUGCAGAUUCAAACCAAAACAUUGUUUCCUACCAACAAGUGUUUUAUAUGCCCUCUUUAUCACCAUUACCACAUACACUGUAGUUUAUUUCGACUCAAUCCCACACACACCGUCCUGCUGCCAAAAAUAUUCACCAGAGCACCAAAUGCGGAUUAAUCUGCCGCUGAAAACAGUCCUCAACAAAUGCACUAUUUCCAUCUGUUUGUUUAAUAAAAACUACAGUGAGCGUCUGUUUUGGGAAAUUACUAACAAAACUUUUUUUUUAAUAGAUUUACAUCUUCUGCAUCUUUGAUCUGCGCAUUAAAUUUGUUGACGAUAGAAAACAUAUACACCAAAUUUGAUUUAAACAUUACCUUAAGUUGACUUUUUAAAUAUCUAGUCACCAGAAAAAAGGUUGAUGUCGUACGUUUCUACAAACCACAUAUAUGUUACGUUUGUACAUGAUGUGACAUUUCAACAACUGGUUAAUGUCUGAUUAGAUUUAAGACUCAUUUAUCCUUUACAUGCGAAAGUACAAUAAAACGUUGACUAAAAGCCUAGUCCCUUUUACUAGCCCAGUGUGGCUACACAUUUUGACAAAUAAAUGCCUGUCUCAGUUAGACGCCUGGUCUGGUUGCCAAGCAGUUACUUUUUUUUUUUAAGUCAAGUUAAGUUAAGUUCUUUGGAUGUAUGAGACCAGGUUGUUGGCUCCCUCAAAUUAUGUGUCCGUUCCUCGAUUACCCUGUGAGUUAUUCAUAUUGCAUUAAUCCGUAAGGGUCCUCAGAUCAAACGAAUCAAAAGGGUUUUUCAUAGAAAUUAAGUUUCAAGUUGUGAGUAUUGUUUUAACAGGAUAAAGUGCUGUUGUGUCUGGUGCCGCGUGCCGUAAUCCUCGAGUGCCACUCUUUCUCUGAUGUCUGUCAGGGGUAGAUCAAGUAAUAUUCAUACUGGUUUAAAUAAACAAUUUGAUUAUAUUACCCAAUCUAUGCUGACCAACAGUUUUGUGUUAAAGGAAUUAAAGCCCUGUCACAAAUAUAGGCCUGUUGAUUUCAGGGAUUUACGCAAAUAAUAGCCCGGACUAUUAAUUCAAGUUUUACAGUAGAAAUGUCCAUUUCACAUGUUGUAAACAUCACUGCCCUCAUACUUCAUGUUUACUUUAUGUUGGCAUAGAUACAGCCAAUAGAUGGCACUAGAGGGCAGAGUUAAAAUUCCACAGAGCGACAAAGGAGCUGACAGUGGAGGAGGUCGUAUCAGUGCACCUUUAAAUGGAGGCAGUGUUGUUAACCGUGGUCUUCUGUAUGAUAUCACAUCCCGACGUGUGUACGGAGAAUUAUUUUCACUAUCUUACCAAUUCGUUCCUUUCCGUCAUAAUUUAAAUUUAUUUGACGUCUCCUAUGGUCACAUCUUGCUUGAACCAUGCUAUACUGCCUCUAUGAUCUCCAGUGGCACUGGAGGCAGGGUAUAGACAGAAGGCUCCGUUCGUCUCUGUCUUAGUAUUAAACGUUGAGCAUGAAUGAACCCUUAGGCACAAAAACAAAUUGGUGUUUUGGUUUUAAAAACAUGAUCUUUGUGGCACUAUUUUCUCUGGACAAAUAAUUAGAGGCCCAAAAAAUUACCCACGUUUGGUGGCUACAAACCUGCUCAAAACACUGAGAUGUCUUGGUAAAAAACAACUGCUUUUCCUGGCACUUUCCCAGAUGGAAAAACAGCGAAGCGUUUGCUGCUUUUUGGUCUUGAACAGUGGUCCGCUGCUUGGCAGGCGUCUCUCCUUGGUGACACGCCAUCCAUCAUCUCCUCCACCUCCCAGUGACAAAGUCAGCUCAUAUACGUCACUUUAGAAACAUUGGUAUGAUCCAUGUCAAACGUAUAAAUGUAACUUAGUGGUGGUUUGCAGAAGCGUACAAUGCCAGAUUUUUCUUCUGGCGGCUGGGCUGGGCUGAGGCUGAGUUGAUUAAUUACUGACAUGUCUGUACUUAUACUUGGUGGCUUCCUCUCCUGAAUGUCGUGGAGGCUGCAUUCAGUCAUACUGUGUAUAUAACAACAUUCCUCCACAAUAAUCCUGUUAUAUUGUUACCAAAUGAAUGAAGCUGUUACAGCCUGUACGAGAGCGUGUUGAUUGUUUUUUAUCAUUAACUUUCUGAUCUAGUUAACAUGCAGAAUGUGAUCACCUAAAGUUUGAUGUAUAACAUGCACUGUAUCUGCCAGAGACCAGCCUUUUGUGUUCACACAGGAUGUUUUGUACAUUGUUUAAAAUUUCAGUCUCUGGUGUUCUUUUUUUUUAAUUGUUCAUUUUUAUGGUUUAUGAUUCACUUUUUUAUCUUUGUUGUUUGUAUGACAAGAAAUGAAAAUAUAUUUGCACACACUUUUAUUGAAA